AUGUUUGGCACGUGCAGAAUUGGCAUCGGCCGAGGCCAAAAUGCGAGCAGAGUCUCCUGGGUGGUUAGGAAGCCUGUCUACGGCUCUGUCCCUCAUCGAGUCCCUUGGCCAGCCAAGCGAAUCAAUCAUCGAGCAAGCAGGCCAGCAACGAAGCAAGCCAACCCAAGAGCCUGGUCGACACCAAGAUUCGAGCUAGACAUCCUCCGUUCUCUCACCGAUCCAUCCUUCCUCAAGACAUAUCGAUUCAUCAUGGCACGACCCGAGUUCAUGAAGCGACCAGGAAGCAUUCGAUACACAGAUGAUAGCCAUGAGGACGACACUUGCCACAGCAGCGACCAUUGCACCGCCAAGGAUUACCGCUCUAUAUUAGAAUCACUCGAUGCAGACAGCUGUGCUUGUAAGCAGAUGCGUACGCGGUUAGAACAAGGCCAUGAAUUGGACGUUGGACUGCGAAAUACAGAGGAAGCAGCCUCACCAUCGAAUCGAAGUGGGUUCAAACUCAAGCAUCAAAUGGAUAUCUCAGGUCGUGUUCUUGCUAGCGCGGAUGUAGCCCUCAGCUUUGUCGCUUCAGUCACAUUCUGUGGACCCACUCGCAACAAAAUCCUGCUCAUGAUCAGCACAAUUUUCUUCGUCUUUCCCGACAAGACUGCGUCUUCUUUAUCGUCCAACUAUGUCGACUGCACUGUCGGAAAGAACAAGAAGCUCUCCAAGGGCAAGGGUAACAAGAAGAGGGCUGUCGACCCCUUCACCCGUAAGGACUGGUACGACAUCAAAGCUCCCACCUUCUUCGAGAACCGCAAUGUCGGCAAGACCUUUGUCAACCGAUCCCAGGGUCUCAAGAAUGCCGAUGACUCGCUCAAAGGCCGUAUCGUCGAGGCUUCCCUCGCCGACCUCAACAAGGACGAUGAGCAGGCUUACCGCAAGUUCAAGUUGAAGGUUGACGGUAUCCAAGGCCGCACCUGCCUCACCAACUUCUACGGCAUGGACUUCACCUCGGACAAGCUCCGCUCGCUCGUCCGCAAGUGGCAGUCGCUCAUCGAGGCUCACCAGGAUGUCAAGACCACCGACGGUUACCUCCUCCGAGUCUUUGUUAUUGCUUUCACCAAGAAGCGUGCCAACCAGGUCAAGAAGAACACCUAUGCCAAGUCGUCGCACAUCCGAGCUAUCCGCCAGAAGAUGUUCGAGAUUGUUCAGCGUGAGGCCAACUCGUGCGACUUGCGCGAGUUUGUCGCCAAGCUCAUCCCCGAGGUUAUUGGCCGUGAGGUCGAGAAGGCCACCCAGGGUAUCUUCCCCCUCAAGGACGUCUAUGUCCGCAAGGUCAAGGUUCUCAAGGCACCCAAGGACGACCUUAACAAGCUUCUCGAGGUUCACGGUGGUGCUGCCAUCGCUGGUGCCGAGGAUGCUGGUGUUAAGGCCAAGGCUACCGAGUUCAAGGAGCCCGCCCCUCUUGCCUCCGUCUAA